GCAGGCCUGGCCCUGGACCGGCUGAGCGCCCCCGACCCGGCCUGGAUGGCGAGGCUCUCUCUGCCCCUCACCACCAACUACCGCGACAACGUGUUCGCACCAGACGCUCCGGCCGUAGAGGAGCCCAGGACCUUCCAGACGUUCGGCAAGGCGCCCGGGCCUGAGCUGAGCCUGACGGGCACGCGGCUGGCCAGCACCUUCCUCUCGGAGAUGAGCUCGCUGUUGGAAAUGCUGCUGGAGCAGCGCUCGGGCGUGCCGGUGGAGGCGGCCUCCGAAGUGCUGCGGCGGCUCUCGGUGUGCGGGAGGACCCUCAGUCUGGACCUGGCCACCAGCGGGGCCGCGGGCACGGAAGGACAGGGGGGUCCGGGGGCAGCGAAGGGGGCCGAGGGCAGGACUGGCGGCGGCAGCAGCAGCAGCAGGGGCCUGUGGAUCCAGGGACCAGGGGCCCUGGGAGACGUCAGGGAGCCCAGGCCCUGAGGAUCCUGGGACAUGAGCUGCUUUCUAAAAUCUUUGAACUCACGGUCCCGCGGUGGCCCAAGAGCUUUAGGGUGACCGAUGGUGCCCCGCAGAGGAGGCAGGGGCCCCACGACCAAUAGCCGGCUGAUCAAAGCAGCCCCUUGUUAGGGGCUGGCUCUGCCUGUGAGUUUUUGGAGGACGGAGACGUGUGUGGCUGAAAUGAGUGUUUGCUGGCAAAACACGUGUAGAGCACAGGGGGUCAGUCUGCGCUGUGGGACAGAUGCCAAGGAGUGUCCUAAGCAAGAAAGGAUGGCCUCAUCGCAUACUUGAGGGUGGGGGCUGGAUCCUGGGGUGCCAGGCAAAGCUCUCUGACCUACUAAUAAAGGAAAAGCACUGGCUCAUU